CAAGCAUUGUUCGGUACGAUCUAUGUACAAUUUGGACGAAAACAACGUACGUGCACUCAUCGCCAACCGUCUCAAAGGCAAAGACGUAAAAUGGUUACAAAGCCGAAACGAUUUGUUGACAAUCCCAAUCAACGAAUUGCUCAAUGAGAUGGAAACUGUUUUUCAAAACAGGGAAAGUCUCCUUUCACUUAAACGUAAGUUUGAAAAGAAGACCUGGCAACUUAAUGAGUCUUUCCAAGAAUAUUUUUACGAAAAAUUAAUAUUAUCAACUAAAUUAAACGUCGACAAAAUUGAGUUACUCGAGCAUAUAAUUGAUGGCAUUCCAAACUAUAAUCUACGUACUCAAGCCCGUAUGCAACGUUUUAAAAAUACAACGGAACUACUUGAUGCUUUCAAAAGCAUACAAUUGAAACCAGAUUACACACACAAGAUGGAUAACAAGCAGAAUAUCGAGCCUUCAGCCAACGCAAAUAGUCGUCAAAUGGUCGUCAAAUGCUUCAACUGUAACUCCAAAGGACAUAUGGCCCCUGAAUGUCGCAAGCCAAAAAGAACACCUGGAGCGUGUUUCGUUUGCAACGAAAUGGGCCACAUUUCAAUAAACUGUAGCAAACGCAACGACUUGGAACUACGAGAAAAUAUGAAAGCCAACAACCAGUAUAAACACUAAUUGACACUGGAAGCCCUGUCAGUUUAAUAUGUGAGGAGAAUGUACCCAAGAAACUUAUUGAAGACUAUUCUUUUGUUCAAAAUUAUUACGGAAUAAAUAAAAGUAAACUUAUAAUCAUUGGAGUAAUAAAAUGUAAAAUCAAAUUUGAAGAUUUAGAAUAUAAUAAAGAACUCUUUGUUGUUCCCAAUGAA